CUCAAUGUCGGAACGUUCCGAAGAUGACGUCGGAGCGUUCUCGAAUCCCGUGUCUCUCGGCUGCUGCUGCCGAAGGAACAGGGAAAAAGCAACAAGAAGGAAGAGCAAUGGCGACACUGGAUCGCAAAGUGCCCAGUCCGGAGGCGUUUCUGGGCAAACCCUGGUCCUCCUGGAUCGACGCCGCCAAAUUACACUGCUCCGACAAUGUAGAUUUAGAAGAGGCUGGAAAAGAGGGUGGAAAAAGCAGGGAGGUUAUGAGGCUUAAUAAAGAAGAUAUGCACUUAUUUGGCCAUUAUCCAGCACAUGACGACUUCUAUCUCGUAGUGUGCAGUGCCUGUAAUCAGGUCGUCAAGCCCCAGGUUUUCCAGUCGCACUGCGAGAGAAGACAUGGUUCAAUGUGCAGACCUUCUCCCUCUCCAGCGUCUCCGGCCUCCAAUUCCAGGACAUCAGUAGCACAUGUGAAAACGAAAGCCUGUCUCAGUGGCCAUAACUCUGCCAGCAGCACCUCAAAGCCAUUCAAAACGCCCAAAGACAAUCUUCUUACCUCCAGCAGCAAACAGCACACAGUCUUUCCUGCAAAAGGAUCAAGGGACAAACCAUGUGUUCCGGUUCCCGUAGUCAGUUUAGAGAAAAUUCCUAACCUAGUGAAGGCAGAUGGUGCCAAUGUCAAAAUGAACUCUACAACCACUACUGCAGCUUCCUCCUCCUCUUCUGCUGUCUCCGCCCCACCUCUAAUUAAGCCCAUCCUGAUGUCCAAGUCGGUGCCACCUUCACCUGAGAAGAUCUUAAAUGGCAAAGGGAUCCUGUCUGCCACCUUAGACAAGAAACACCAAAAUGGCACCAAAAACAACAACAAGCCUUACCGGAGACUUUCAGAGAGAGAAUUUGACCCAAAUAAACACUGUGGAGUAUUGGAUCCCGAGACAAAGAAACCUUGCACAAGAUCCCUCACCUGCAAGACACACUCACUAAGCCAUCGGAGGGCAGUCCCAGGCCGGAAAAAGCAAUUCGACCUCCUCCUGGCAGAACACAAAGCCAAGUCCCGGGAGAAAGAAGUUAAAGAGCAUCUCCCGACUACCACAAGGGAAAUACUUCCAAACCAGGCUGGGCUAGUGCAGGAUUCUCUGCCCGGAUCUUCAGGGAGCUCCGGGCCAGAACCGAAAGUCACAUCCCCUGCGAAAUCCAGGCCACCCAACUCCAUACUCCCCAGACCAUCAUCUGCAAAUAGCAUAAGCAGCAACGCAUCUUCAAAUCUCAGCAGCUACACUCCAGAGCCCCCCCUGCCCUCAGCUGGAGGUGACCUUGCCAGCCGACUGUCCAGUGAUGAAGGAGAGAUGGACGGAGCUGAGGAAUCUGAGAAGUUCGACUGUCAGUUCUCUACGCACCACCCCAGACCUCUUGCGUUUUGCUCAUUUGGGAGUCGCCUCAUGGGACGAGGGUACUAUGUGUUUGAUAGAAGAUGGGAUCGUUUUCGAUUCGCCCUAAACUCCAUGGUAGAAAAACACUUGAAUUCACAGAUGUGGAAGCACAGAAGCCCGAGCCACCGGGCAUCAGGUCCCUCCCCCCUGUUCAGGACUUGCCUAACCAAUCUGCUGUCACUGAGCAACAUUGGGGCUGCCUGGGUGUCAACUCUGGAGAGCGUAGCACCUCGCUGCCCUCUCAGCCUCGCUGCCCAAACUCCAGGCCCCGACGGGCCCGAACCUGGAGGGAUGGCAGCCGAUGGGGGCAUGGAAGACAUUAGGAAGAAAAGGAACGGCAAAGACUCUUUUUUCUUUAACAAGCAUUUAACUCUGCAUCAGGAGACGCCAACACAGUAUUCUCUUUCAGCCAGGAAGAUCCCUCCUGCGGCAGAUACCCCCAUGCCCUCGCCAGCAGCCCACAUCACCACCCCCGUUCCAGCAUCCGUUUUGCAGCCUUUCAGCAACCCCAGUGCUGUGUAUCUUCCUUCAGCUCCCAUCAGCUCGAGACUCACCUCUUCUUACAUAAUGACAUCAGCCAUGCUCUCAGACGCAGCUUUUGUGGCAUCGCCGGACCCGCGUGUCCUCAUGUCCCACACCACAGCUUUCCCCCAUGUGGCCGCUACCCUCAGCAUCAUGGACUCAACCUUCAAGGCUCCAUCCGCCGUGUCCCCGAUACCAGCUGUCAUCCCUUCCCCAUCCCACAAGCCAUCCAAAACCAAAACCAGCAAAUCCUCAAAAGUCAAAGACCUAUCUGCCCGUAGCGACCAGUCUCCAAGUAACAAAAAGAGGAAGCCACAGUCUUCGACUUCCUCUUCCUCCUUGUCCUUGCAGACUGCCCUUUCAUCGUCACCAUUGUCAGGGCCCCACAAAAAGAACUGUGUUCUCAAUGCCAGUUCUGCUUUGAACUCCUAUCAGGCAGCCCCUCCCUAUAACAGUCUGUCUGUGCACAACUCCAACAAUGGGGUGAGCCCACUCAGUGCCAAGCUGGAGCCCUCAGGACGGACCUCGCUGCCCGGUGGCCCCGUGGACAUAGUGAGACAGGUGGGCGCGGUGGGCGGCAGCAGUGACUCCUGUCCCCUCUCUGUGCCCUCCCUUGCGCUCCACGCAGGGGACCUCUCUCUGGCCUCACACAAUGCUGUGUCUUCUCUGCCCCUUUCUUUUGAUAAAUCAGAAGGAAAAAAGCGUAAGAACUCGAGUACUAGUAGCAAAGCCUGUAAAAUCACUAAAAUGCCUGGUAUGAAUAGCGUUCACAAAAAGAACCCACCCGGCCUCCUUGCACCGGUGCCGGAUCCCGUUAACAGCACCUCCUCUCGGCAGGUUGGGAAAAAUAGCAGCCUGGCUUUGUCACAAUCCACUCCUUCAAGCAUAUCCAGCCCAGGACACAGCCGACAGAAGAACACAAACAGAAUGGGCAGGAUAAGGACGCUUCCAUAACAAGACUAUGAAGCCACUUCCAAAACAAUUUCUGGUGGUGAUCCCACCCUAGGAGGCUAUGGCAGAGGAGGGAGGAGAUUGGCCCAUGAGCAAGCAUCUGUUUCCUGUACCCUGUUGUGGCUCUGGCCAGUCUUUCUUUCUUUCUUUCUUUCUUUCUUUCUUUCUUUC